AUGGGCGGUACGGAGUCCAACGAGGCUGGCUCCACGACUGUGGUUUCGACGGCUGUGGAUGGCACCACUACCUCGACCACGACCAGCGCUGAUGGCUGCACCGUCACAACUGUCGUGACGCGGCCCGAUGGCUCGAGUGAGACGACUACCGAGAUCGUCACCUCCACAGAGACGGAGGUGGACGUGACGCAGGAGAAAAAAAGCCCCACGGCUGCUGCAGCGGCCCGCGCUGUGGCCGACUUUGAGAGUGUGAGUGAAGAGACGGCCUCGCAGAGUGUCACGGAGCUCGCCUGGCACGCGUGGAGCGCCAGUGCCACGGCAGCUGCCAUGGGCGUCAAGGAGGCGACGGCGGAGACGCUGCGCGCCCUGAGUGAUAACUCGGGCUGGAAGAAGGAGGAUUUUAAAAAUCUGCUGCCUGCCUUCUUGACGUAUGUGGCAAAUCACGGUCGCCGCUUCGAGACGCUGACUGCGGUGGAGUUGUUCAUUUUUGCUCGUGCAUUUUGCCGUUUCCGAGUGUUAAAGCAUCACGUUGAUCAAGAAAAAGAUAAACAAAAAAGUAUGGCGGAGCGUGUGCUGGCCGUCGCCAGUCGCCGCUCUAAGGAGCGCAAACUGGCGUGGGAACUUACCCGCGCCUUCACGCUCUUCUACCCGGAGUUCCCUAUCCGCUGCCGCGGUCUGCGCUUUAGCAGGACGAAUGAGGUACUUAUGGACGAUGCUCCUGUAGAGAGUGAGUCAUUGUUUGAGUUCAUCUCAAUCAAUCGUCGUUUGUCCAAGUGGCUGAACAAAAUUAUCGUGAUUUCGUUGUUGCGUGACGCGUCCGAAGACUCCACUUGUGCGAAAAAUGUCAUUGUGCUGCACGACGGAGAGGUCGUGCGCAGCGGUUCGUGGAGCGAGAUCCUUAAAUACGUGCAAGAGCUAGGUGUUCAAUGUCCGCCACAGAAAGAUGUGGCGAUGUGUUUGAGUGACAAGAAGGCGACAGCGGCGCUCUUUGAUCCGCUCGAAGAAACGGUCAGGUCCACAACGAUCUUUAGACUUGCCGAUGAAGUUGUUUUGCUCGCUGGAUCGCCUAUUGUCGAGGAUCUAGCGGGAAACGCUUCGGAUAAGCCGAGGACGGGUGCCUUCAUGUACAAAUUCGACUCAGACGGCACUGUCUCCGACAGCGACGACGACGAAGGCUUUGAUGCAGAAGAAUGGCUGAUGUCUUGGUUUCAUCCAAAGGCUGAGACGAAGACAGAAGUGUUCCGCUCGGAGGAAGCCGACGGCAGCAUUGUGACCAAGACCGUCCGCACGACCACGCGCACGGAGACGUCCCCCGCCGGCGAACUUGUGACGACGAUCGAGGUGGAGACGAUAUCGGAGACGCAGACCAAGGGUGGCGCCAAGAGCACGACGGUGGAGACGGAAAUCACGACGGAGACUGCCACCGAGAUGGCCGCGACGACACGGAGGUGUUCCGCUCGGAGGAAGCCGACGGCAGCAUCGUGA